AUACAGUUAAUUAAAAUAAAUUAAUAAAUAAAUAUAAUUUUUUAACUUACAUUUAACAAGAAUAAUUUUAAAAUAAUAAAUAAAUUUAUUUUUUUAACUUCCUUUUAACCAAAAUAAACUUAAAGUAUUUUUUUCUGUGCUUGAAACUAACCAAAAUAAGUUCGAAAUAUUUUUUUGUCUUUGAAACUGUGAACUUUUGUGAACAAUUCAGUAAAAAAUAAUAAUAAUUUCAUAAACUUACAAUGAAAAAUUUUAAAAAUAUUCAAACCAAGCCUACGAUUGAAAAAUAAUAAUUUAUAUGCAAUUUUUCUUUGAAAAUUUUCACAUUUUACAAUUCAAAACAUGCCAACCCAUAAAUCAACAAAUAAAAAAGCAAAGAAAAGCAACAAUAAGACUAAUACAAAGCAAGAAAAAGAAAUACACGUAUAUUUAUUGCACUUUGAGCGCGCCACCCAAGAAAAAGAAACAAAAAAUAACAACAAUAACGGACGAGUAAUUGAUUAUACGGUAAGCAACAGCAACACAGAUUCCUCAAUGCCAUGAUAUUGCAAAAACAAAAGAAAAAAACAGAAAACAACAAUCAAACUGGCAAUAUAUUGCACAAGCAGCUGAUAGACGAUUUGCCAAACGCCCCCUACCCAAUACACGGCGCACGCCCAUGAAUAUCAAAUACAUAUGAAUAUGUAUAUGAACUUAUCCAGCAUUAUCAGCAAACAAUACUCGAGCAGUGGGCAACAAGUGAUGCACAGCGAACGGCAGGCAAAAGUAAAUAAGAAAUUAGAAGCAAAAAUAACAGAAUAAGCAUGACUGAGGCGCAAAAACCAACAGAAGCAGCAAAAGUUAUUACGCCAGCUAAAAGCCAAUUUCUCAACAAGCUAACCAACAAUCAACUGUAAAAACCAAUAAAUAAGCAAGCAACCGAGAAAAACUAAUAACAGCCAAAACAAAAAAAGUGCAGUGCAUAAGUAAGAAAAAUACACAGACACAUACACACACCUGUAUACGUGCGCUAUAUGACAGGCAAAUGAAAUAGGGAAAUUUGCAAAUGUGAAAGAAGAACUGACAACGAGGCGCUGCCGCAAUCAACAUAAAAUCCAAGUGGCCGUUAAGCGCGCUGCUAACCAAAUAAAUAUAACCGAAAAGCCAAAUGCUUACAUACAUACAAACAUAGAGUACCUACGUACCGUAAGUCUACCGCAGCGACACUGCUGCUUUGCCUAGAGCAUCAAAGUCAAAGGCAAAGUCAACUAUUGACGCGCUGACUGAUUGACUGGCUGUCGGGCAAGUGGCCAGCGUUUAUGGUGCAAAAGAAGUCAUCCAUAUGCCAAUUGCUGGCUAACAACGGCGCAGGAGUAGCCACAAGCAAAGCUAAUAAGAAUUUCUGACACACAACCAUACAUAUAUAUAUAUAUAUGUAUGUAUGUGUGCUUAUACAGGCAAAAGCUAUGCAGUUAGAAAAAUAAAUAUGUGCAUGUACAUAUGUGUGGUAAAAAGUGUGCAAAGAAAGCAGCGGCAGUUGCAACAGGCAGGCCAGGCCGACGGAGAACUGGUAAGUGGCGUGAAAAGCUGGCAAACAACGCGAGUGCAGCAAAAUGAGACACAAAACCAAAAACAAAAUGCAACCGUAAAAAAAAAGCAUACAAAACGCAAUCGACAGUAAAUGCAAUAUGUGUAUGUAUGCGUGUAAAUGCAAGUAGUUUGGUGUGAGCAACAAGUUGCACGACCGUGACAACUGGCAACAAGUGGCCCAUACAUAUGCAAACACACAAUUUUAGCGUUUGCUGCAGAAGCAACAGGUUGCUCUCGGCCAACAAGCAGCAACUGGCAGCAAGUACCCAUAGCUGUUGCAUGGAAGCGACCAAGCAAGGACUGUGGUUGCAUUGUUUGCUGCGUUGAUGCAACAGUUCAUGCUGAGAAAAAAAGAAAAAGAGAUUUUCAAGAAAAAUCAGUUAUUGUUGAAGCAAGAAAAGUGCAGUGAGCGGCAAGUGGCCGGCCGCAGCAGCAGCAGCAGCAAUAUAUUAGUUUACGCAACAAGCUUGCAUGCCGCAGUCAGAAAGAGUAAACGGGUUAUGCGUAAGAAGAAUUUGUGGAAUUUCUGGGUGGUGGUUAUUGAGAGUAGCAAAAGAAACUCUGUGUAAAAGGCAAGCGCAAAUGUGCAACGAAUCGUGGUUUAGAUGCGGAAUGGUUGCAAAAAUUGUAUAAAAGGAUUUAUAAAAAAUGUAGGAAAAAAGUUAUGGAAAGAAAGAAUUAUUAAAAAAGUUAUAGUAAAAUUAUAGGAAAAAAAUUAUUGCAAAAAGUGUAACAAACAAUAUGGACAUAAUAAAAAUGAAUAUCAAAAAUUAUGGCACGAAGUUAUAGCAAUAGUUUAUAGGAAAAAUUUAUAGAAAAGAAGUAUGACGAAAAAUAUAGACAAAGACUCGGCUAUGACUGCCUAAGCGGUGCCUACGCCAGUAAAGAAGAAAAUGAACUUAAAAAUAGAAAAUUAGAGAAAAAAGUAUAGUAAAAAAACUUUGGCAAAAAAUUAUUGUGAUUGUGAAAUUAUAGAACGAAAUAAUUGAAAAAAACUACAGUCAAAAUUAUAGCACAAAAAAUAAAGAAAAAGCUAAAGCAAACUAUAGUGAAAUUAUGACCAAAAUAAUAAAAAAAAAUGCAGUAAAAACUGUAAUAAAAAUUAUAGCACAGAAUUAUAGGAAACUCUAAAGCAAGCAAAUAUAGAAAAAUAUUAUAGUUAAAUGAUAGAACAAAAUUAUAGCACAACAUUAUAGGAAAAACCAAAGCAAACAAAUAUAGAAAAAUAUUAUGGCGAAAUCAUAGAAAAAAUUUCAGCAAAAAAUUAAAGUUCAAAAAAUUUUUGAUUUUCAUUUCGGAUUUAAUUAAAUUUAAAAAAUUGUAAAAAAAUCUAUGUCACAAGUUUAUUGCAAUUAACACCUUCAAUAAAAUUUAAUUGGGCAACAGUUAUAAAAUUAAAAGUACUUCCUGCGAAACAGCUGAUAAAAAUCAAACAAUUCUAAAGAAUGAAAAAAAGCGUUAAUCAAUUAAAGAAAUCUACAACUCAAAUGCAUGUAAUUACUUUUCCAGCGAACGCGCUUUAACGGUUUCAACGAUAAAAAAAGUCAAACAUAAGUUGCGCUAUUCCAAGUUGAAACAUUAAGCAAUAAACAAAUACAAUUUAGAACAGCAAUUGCUGCAAACAAACGGUUAAAACGACGAAUUGUUCAAUUUAAACCUCAGCAAAACCAAAAAAAGAAAAAAGCCACACUUAAAAAGUAGGUUAAACUCUUGAACUCGCAACAAAACUAAAAUAAGCACAACUACACAGAAAAACAGCAUCAAUUGGUGAAGUAACAAAAAACCGGCCCCUACGACCUCACACGUACGAAGUUCAAGUUACAAAAAAAAGUAAAAAAAAAAAUUAAAAACAAACAAACAAAAAAACCUGAGAAAUAAAAAAUAUAUUGCAGCAGUAAAACAAAAUCACGUACCGGACAUGGUUAUCAGAAAUUAAAACAUAAAAUUCGAAAUGUGUAUAUACAUAAAUGCAUACAAACAAAAACAAAUUUAAGCAACAAAAAGAUUUCAAUCGCAACCAAUUCAAAUUAAUAACAGAAAAAUUCUAAACUGCUUAUAAAUGGUCAAUUUGUGACAUUAAUAACUAGAGAAAAAAUAAAAAAAUAGAAAAAUUAUCAUUGCUAUAUACAAAAAGUAAAAAGAUGCAUUACAAUUUUGAAAAAAAAAACAUAACAUUAAUAUAAUGUGCUCUAUUUCUUCCCUUUCUAUUAAAGCAGACAAAUAAAAAUUUAUAUAAAUAUUUAUCAGAAGUGUAAAAUAAAAUACCAAAAUUAGUGCUAAAUAGGCGGUUCAAAGAGAACCAACGCCCGCUUGACGACCCCUGAUCACGUACUACGGUUAAACUCUGUGCCAAUAAACGUCAAGUUCGGCUUACAUAAAAGUCAAGCAAGCGACACAAAAACAACUAUAAAAAAAUGGAUGGAUUUUAUGACGGCGAUUUGAAAGAUAUAUGGGAUUCCGAUUUAGAUCCGACGGAAUCUCUAAAAAUCUCCACAGAUUCGGAUCUACACGAUUGGUUCAUGGAACGUGAUAUGAAGGAUCCGGCUGUUAUGAUAUUAAAUGAUAAACUCAUGUCAGAUGCGCUAUUCAAUUUGCAGCCAAUUAAGUCGGAACACUCAUAUAGUUUAAAUAGUGAUGGCGAUUCAUUGCCAGAUUCACCACAUAGCCUGCAGACGAAAAUGGAUGACAUGGAAGACGAAUGCUAUCCCGCAAUUUCGCUGAAAACCGCAACCAGCAACACAGCACGCUCACGGCACGAUGUAGACAUUACCAACAGUGUUGACCCCAAGUGCUUGGCCAUAUCGGUGGACUGUGAUGAUACGCCCAUGGAAUUAGCUACGCUAGAGCACAGCGGUCACACAACCAGCAGCUCCAGCAAAUUAGCGACAAACACAUUGCUCACCACCGCCGCUACCUCCAGCACACCCACAAUAAGUAGCACACUGAGCAUACCCGCCAGCACCGCAACCGGCAGCGGUAUACUUACUGCGAGCACCACUACCCGCCAAUCUGCUACAGCGUUGCCAUUACGCUACACACAUGCCGGCAUCUAUGCGAGCCUCAGCAAGAUCAACACCACCGCACCGAUGACAUUCAAUCUGCGCACCGCUGAAACGUCCAGUGGCACCAGCAGCAGCAGCUGUAGUUCCGGUUACGGCGGCAGCAACACCACUACAAUUACACUUAGCAAACCCGCCGCUACACAACAACUACAGCAACAGUCACAUCUCCAACAGUACCUACCUCAAGCGACGGCGGUGAGCACAGUUUUUGAGACGAGCAGCUGUCGUACGCCGUCAACAGCACGCGAAGGCAGCUCUUCGCCGGACAUCUGUUCGGAUAUCGAAAUCGAUGAGUCGGCCAUCAAGGAUGAGCCCAUGUCACCGGAUUCCAGUUGCCCGCCCAGCCCUAAUUCGCCGGAAUGCAUAACAAUGGCAAAAAUCUCGAAGCUAACCGCGCGCACUAACUCCGAUCUCGUCUUUGAGCACAAGAACGGUUGCCUGCAACUCACACCCGCCUCACAGAGCUUACUCAAAGCGCAACAACUCGCAACAUCCGCCAAUAAUGGUCAAAGCAUUGUAAUGCCCAAAUUGAAUAUUAAGUCGGAGUCUAGCUACAAUGGUGUUAGUGCCACUGUCAAGCAUAACGGUCAAUAUGGUCUGCCAUUGACGCCACCCUCCUGCUCAUCGAGUGAUGGUGAUUCCGAAGUCAUUACCCCCGUUGCCUUGCACGCCGCGAAUGUGCGCCGUAGUGCCAGUAGCAGCAGCUCGUCAUCGCCAUCAUCCGCCUCGUCGUCGACAUCGUCACUGCAUGCAGCCGGUCGACAUGCGUCAGGUGGAACUAGCGGUUCCACACGUCAGCCAAUACACACCCCGCUCAUCAGCUCGCAGCCGAAAGGUUCCACUGGCGUGCUAAUCCUAACCGAGGAAGAGAAGCGCACGCUACAAGCCGAAGGUUAUCCAAUACCACAGAAGCUACCACUUACCAAAGCUGAGGAGAAGUCGCUCAAGAAGAUACGAAGAAAAAUCAAAAAUAAGAUUUCUGCACAAGAGAGUCGACGCAAAAAGAAGGAAUAUAUGGAUCAAUUAGAGCGUCGCGUCGAAAUACUUGUCAAUGAGAACAAUGAGCAGCGCAAACGUUGCGACGCGCUGGAGCACACGAACGCCAAUCUACUAAGUCAAUUGCACAAAUUGCAAGCGAUGUUGAACAAACAGAACAGCAAGAAGAACGCUUAAGCGAGCGAGAGAGCAGGCGCUUGGAAAACACGACGGAAAAUUUUUCACAAGAAAUUCUACGCUUUAUCCGCGCCGCUGACAAGGAAAUGAAUUUAUUGCGCUGCAGCCCAACUAAGAAGUUGCUAAAAAUGUGGCAGCAUUGGUAAAUAAGAGAAGUUUUUUUUUUAAUUUUUUCUAUAAAAUUAAAUGUUAGGCGCGUGAAUGUGUGCGUUUUUCGGUUAGAAUUUCUAGUAGCGGUAGUUUACAUAUUUUAUGAGAUAUUUACACUGUUUGAAAGUAGCAUUUUUUAUGUAAUAUGUAUAUAAGUAUAUAUGUACUUGCUUUUUAUGAGAAUAUAUUUAAAUGUAUGCAGCAUUUUUUAUACAUAACAGUUAUUGUAUAUUAAAAGUAAAAUAUAUUUACAUGUAUUUAGUGUGUAAGUGAACGGGCUGGACAGGCUGUAAACAGAUUUUAUAUAAGUAUACAUACAUGAUUGCUGUAUUAUAAAAGUAUGAGUAAAAUAAAAUAAAUAAAUCAAUGUGCAUUUCGUAUUGUAGAUCAAUACUAUAUUUACAUGAAAACGAAUUUUGACCAAAAAACUUACUUAAUGCAACAUUUAAUAUAUUAAAUGCUUAUAUAUUACACAUACAUACUACAAAGUACCAUUAUAUAAGCCACUUAAAGUGCUUUACUUAUUGCAUGAAUAUAGUUGGCAUUAUAUAGUUUAAUUAAGUGUAUAGAGGAGAAGUCCAGCCACACAGUCCAUGCCAAUUUCGAAAUCCAUCUAGUAGUAUAGUGCAAGUCCAAGUUUUAUAACAAUUACAUACACAUACAUAUAUUUUAAAUAAUUUGUAAAUAAUAAAUGUUAACAGAAAUUAGCAACAUUCCACUAUUUUAACUAAACAUUUUAUAAAUUAAUUAU